CUCUUUUAUAACACCCGUGUCCCAAUUACUCUUUCUUUCACUGUCUUCCAACUUCCCAGAUGGUUCCUAGCUAGCUCUAGCUGGGAGUCUGGGACCCAGCUUCCAAACACGCAACUGCGAAUCGAGUUAUCGAGCCAGUUUCCAUCUCGAGACGAGACCCGUGCAUUCAUCGUUCCAUUCUUCUCAGAUCACGAAUCACGAUCAAAAGCUUCCUGUUCCUGAACAAGAUCAGUUGUCCAAGUUGUCAUUUUUCAUGCACAGAUCAAGCCUCGAAGAUGUCGGGCCAAAGCCAGCGCCUGAAUGUGGUUCCCACUGUUACAAUGCUUGGAGCCAUGAAGGCUCGCCUUGUUGGCGCAACGCGGGGUCACGCUCUACUGAAGAAGAAGAGUGAUGCCUUGACCGUGCAGUUCCGCUCCAUCCUUAAGAAGAUCGUCUCUACUAAGGAAUCCAUGGGAGAGAUCAUGAAGUCCUCCGCCUUUGCAUUAACUGAAGCCAAGUAUGUUGCUGGAGAGAAUAUCAAACACACUGUUCUUGAGAAUGUCAAGAAUGCGUCUCUGAAAGUUCGAUCCCGGCAAGAGAACGUUGCUGGCGUCAAGCUCCCCAAGUUUGAUUACUUCACUGAAGGUGAGACAAAAAAUGAUCUAACUGGGCUAGCCCGGGGUGGACAGCAGAUUCAACUAUGUCGUGCUGCUUAUGUCAAAGCGAUUGAGGUCCUUGUUGAGCUUGCGUCGCUGCAGACGUCGUUCUUGACGCUUGAUGAGGCGAUCAAGACUACGAACCGUAGGGUUAAUGCUCUGGAGAAUGUUGUGAAGCCGAGGUUGGAGAACACAAUAAGUUACAUCAAGGGGGAGCUGGACGAGCUUGAGAGGGAAGACUUCUUUAGAUUGAAGAAGAUACAGGGUUACAAGAAGAGGGAGAUCGAGAGGCAGAGGGCAGCGGCUAAGCAGUAUGCAGAGGAGCAGUUUGCGGAGAAAGUUUCCCUGCAGAGAGGGAUUUCAGUAAAUUCUGCACACAACUUGUUGUUUGCAGCAAAUGAGAAGGAUGAAGAUAUAAUUUUCUGAUUUAGAGGUUAGUUUCUUCGUUGUUUUGGUUUCACUGUUUGCUUAUCCAGAAAAAGUCUUUCAAUGAUUUUGAUGGAUAAUACUAUUUUCUGAAUAAGAGAGUUUGAUGUCUUCUUAUGUCCGAACCUUUUUGUACAGUAAUUUGUGAUUAGAUAUUUAUCUAUCCAAGAACUUUAGAACAAUGAGUUCUGCUCUUAUACAAUAAUAAUUUUUUUGUCACCUA